AUGAAGUACGCGCUAACUACUGCUACCCUCGCUGCAACUAUCGGUACCGUUGUUGCUGUCGCUGAAUGGGGCCAAUGCGGUGGAAUCAACUAUAGUGGGCCUACCACUUGUGAUGCCGGCCUCAGCUGUGUCAAGCAAAAUGAAUAUUACUCCCAAUGCUUGAAAGCAACUACUACCACCGGUCCUACAACCACUUCUCGACCCAUCACUACAACCACUACCGCUCCUGUAACCUCAACCACUAGCACCACGCCCCCUCCUGCUAGCACGGGUUACGUCAAGGUCUCGGGACAGAAGUUUACCCUCAAUGGUGCAACAUUCACGGUAGUCGGCUCAAAUGCAUACUGGAUUCCUCAGCUGUCCAACCCCGCGGAUAUCACCACCGCAUUCAGCGAUCUCAAAAAAGCAGGCUUCACCGCACUCCGUACCUGGGGGUUCAAUGAGGUUACAAGCCCCAGUGGGACAUACUACCAAUUGUGGAAUGGCGCCACUUCGACUAUUAACACGGGUGCUGAUGGUCUUGCGAGAUUCGAUCAAGUUGUUGCAGGCGCCAAGGCUGCGGGCAUCCGUCUAAUUGUCGCAUUGACUAACAAUUGGUCGGAUUACGGCGGAAUGGAUGUUUACGUCAAACAAAUCCUCGGCUCGAACAACCACGAUCUCUUCUAUACUGAUGCAACCGUCAAGGCAGCUUUCAAGAAGUAUAUUGAUGCCUUCGUUGGGCGGUACAAGAACGAGCCCACUAUCAUGGCCUGCCCCGCUGCCGAGGAAGCAGUGGAACCUCGACUGGAACUUGCACACCUGCGGCAAGUAUCUAAUACUAUUACCGCCUGGGCCAAGGAAUUCUCUGCAUAUAUCAAGUCUAUCGCUCCCAACCAACUCGUGGGUCUUGGUGAUGAGGGUUUCUUUAACCGACCCGGCCACCCCAGUUACCCUUACCAAGGUGGAGAGGGUAUCGACUUUGACGCAAACUUGCAAAUAUCUACACUUGAUUUUGGUACUGCCCAUGCUUACCCCGAACACUGGGGAGAGGCGAACAACAUCACUCUUUGGGGUGUUCAAUGGAUUAGGGACCAUGCUGCUUCGCAAAAGGCGGCCAACAAGCCUGUCAUUCUUGAAGAAUUCGGAGUUACUGAGCAAUAUGGGAGAUUGAACAUCUAUCCUGUGUGGUGGAAAGAAAUCAUUUCCAGUGGGCUCGCAGGAGACCUCAUCUGGCAAGCUGGAAGCGCUUUGUCUUAUGGGAACGCUCACGAUGAUGGUUACACUAUUUUCCCUGGAGAGGCAGAAUACACUCUACAGACCCAAUAUGCUGCGGAGCUCAAGGCUCGUGGUUAA